CGAAUUUCCCCGGCUUCGAAUUCUGAAAAAUGGAAGCCGUCCGCCACGCGCUCAAGAUCCGCCUGCCCAAGUACCUCAAGUCGCUGCCGAUCCCGAGCAACGUCGCCGGCUUCGCCAAGCUCACGACGGAGGAGUGGAUGAUCCUCGCGCCCUUCCUCGUGACGGUCGCCGUGCUGCUCUACUCGCUCGUCGCCAGCCUCGGCGGCAGCGGCAGCAAGAAGGCGUCGCCGGCGCGCAUCAACAAGUCAGUCUCGCUCGAGAAGGACAAGGUCGUCGACACGUGCGACAUUGAAGACAUGUUCCAGAAGGGCUCGCUCAAGUGCGUGCUCUGCCGCUGCUGGAAGUCCAAGAAGUUUCCGUUCUGCGACGGCGCCCACGCCAAGCACAACAAGGAGACGGGCGACAACGUCGGCCCGCUCAUCAUCCAGAAGAAGGAGGAGUAAGACGGCGCGUCGUCGUCUUUCUGUAUAUAUAUAUG